AUGGUGUCUCACACUGAGAAGAAGUUUGCUUGUGAAGUGUGUGGGAAGGCAUUUCACUCUCAGUCAGUGUUGCAGAUGCAUCGUCAUGUUCACAAUCCAGACGAAAAGCUUCAGUUUCAGUGCGAUCGCUGUGUGAAAAGUUUCCACUCUGCAAGCGCCUUACGAACACAUAUGGAUGUUCAUACCGCUGAAAAGAUUUACCAGUGUCAAAUAUGUGGAAAGAGUUAUUCGCGGAUAUCGGUCCUCAAGAAACACAUUAAAAGCCAUUCAGAAACUCCUAUUGAAAAGACGAUAAAAUGUCCCGAUUGCAACAAAAAUUUUGCCAGCACUUUCCAAUUAAAGGAACACAGGAGAACACACACAGGUGAACGGCCAUACACAUGUGCCACUUGUCACAAAAAAUAUGCUUCAAAGAAAGGACUCAAAUCUCAUAUGUCCAAUCAUACUGGAGUCAAACCUCACCGUUGUUCAGUGUGUGGGAAAUGUUUCUCGCGAGCGGGAGAAUUAAGUCAGCAUGAAAUGAUCCACGGAGAGAAAUCUUUCUCUUGUAAGGAUUGUGGGAAAAGUUUUCUCCGUGACUUUAAUCUGAAAGAGCACAUGUACACGCACACUGGUGGGAGAGAAAAGACAAUUCCGUGUGAGGUUUGCGGGAAAAAAUUUGCCACGAAAUGCAUGUUGAAGCGCCACAUGAUAUUUCACACCGAUGACAGACCUUUUGAGUGCAAGGAUUGUAGUAAGAGAUUCUUCUUGCUGGGACAUCUCCAGUCUCAUAUCAGAACUCACACAGGAGAAUCGCCAUACUCGUGUAGUUAUUGUGAGAAAACAUUCAAGUCUCAUCAUGGCUGCAAGAAGCAUAUAAAAUCUCAACAUGGAGAACUUAUUAAACCUGGUGAACCUAUCAAGGAAACUGUGUACUUCUUGACAUUAAAUAACAUGUAGUGGAGUGGUUAGAAUUGAUCUGCAGCCACCCAUGCUUGUUGUAAGAGGCGACUGGAUUGGGUGGUUAUGCUUACUGAUAGGGCUGUGCAAUAUUACUGGUAAACCGGUAUACAACCGGUACAGUAUCUCACGAUACGAUUAUCGUGAUAUGGUUCAGAUUCUGCAAUAUAUUGGGUCAUCCAGAGUUAGCUCCAUUGGAAUUAUC